AGUUCCGCAGUGCAGCUAAAAAGAACAGACCAACUGAUUUUUUUUAGUACAAUUUGGUACAAUUGUUAGACACGUGUUAAUCGUAUGCGAUUAUAGUGUUAAUUAAUAAGAAAUACGUAUUGUGAUUGAAUAAUGGGUAAAGGACGAAAAAAUAAACCAAGGAAAAAUUUUGCUGAGAAACGUCGGGAAAAGCAAAAGAAAAAAGAUGAAUGGGACAAAGUUCCUCAAAGCUAUCCAGAUAUUAUCAGAGAAAACAAGGAUUUUGAAAAUUAUUACAAGACUCAAGAAAUAGUUCUAGAAGAUAAAUGGGAUGCAUUUAUCAAUACAAUGAGGACCAAUCUGCCGGUUGCUUUUCGUAUAACUGGCUCUAAAGUAGAAGCUAAGGCUUUAUUAGAGAUAAUCAAAAGUGACUUUUUUAAGAAAAUUUUGAAUACAAAUUUGAAUGAUGAUAGUGAAAAUUCCAGUAAUGAAAUAGAACCUAUAUUACAUAGUUUACCCUUUUAUCCUGAAAAAUUGGCUUGGCAAUUGCAAUUGACUAGAAAAGAUAUCAGACGAUCGGAAGCUUAUUUCAGGCUGCACAACUUUCUUAUUGCUGAAACUGACAGUGGUAACAUCAGUAGGCAAGAGGUAGUUAGUAUGGUUCCUCCUCUAGUUUUAGAUGUCAGGCCUUCACAUAAGGUUCUUGAUAUGUGUGCUGCACCUGGAUCAAAAACAGCUCAGCUUAUAGAGAUGAUACAUGCAGAUGAAGACAAUAUUGUACCAGAGGGUUUUGUGAUAGCCAAUGAUGUCGACAAUAAUCGUUGCUACAAGCUGGUGCACCAAGCUAAAAGACUAAAUAGUCCAAAUAUUCUUAUUACAAACCAUGAUUCAUCUAUUAUGCCUAACUUUACAAUUACAAAGCCAGAUGGUACAAAAGAUAUAUUAAAAUUUGAUAGAAUACUUGCGGAUGUCCCAUGUAGUGGUGAUGGUACUAUGCGAAAGAAUCCAGAUAUAUGGUGCAAAUGGAGUCCUGCUAAUGGCAGUAAUCUCCAUGGAAUUCAGUAUAGGAUAGUGAAACGUGGUUUGGAAUUGUUAACAAUUGGGGGAAGGAUGGUAUAUUCCACUUGUUCAUUAAAUCCUAUCGAAAACGAAGCAGUGCUUCAUAGGAUCCUUCUUGAAACUGGGGAUUCAGUACAGUUAGUGAACUGUAGAGAUUUAGUACCAGGAUUAGUGUGUGACCCUGGUGUUACUCACUGGAAACCAGCAUCUAAAGAUUUACAACAUUACAAUGCCUGGGAGGAAGUUCCAGAACAGUGGCAGACACAAAUACGACCAAAAAUGUUUCCUCCACCAGCGAACGAGGCCUUCAAGUUUCAUCUUGAACGUUGCAUGAGAAUAUUGCCACAUCAUCAAAAUACUGGAGGCUUCUUUGUGGCUGUACUGGAAAAAGUGAAAUCUCUGCCAUGGGAGAGUGAAACGUGUACAUUAAGUCAAAAUGUACAGAAUAUAGUUGAUAGUGAAAAUAAGGAUGAAUUAAGCCUCGAAGAAGAGGCAGCGCGAGACGCAAAACUUCUAGAGAGUGGAAAAAGGCUAUUAGUAGAAGAAACGAAACAAAGGAAACGCAGAAGGAUUGUUGGUUAUAGGGAAGAUCCAUUUGUUUUCUUCAAAGACGAAUCUGAAGACGCGUGGCAAUCCAUCAAAGAUUUUUAUGGUAUAUCUAAUAAUUUGGAUUCGCGACAUUUAUUGGUGAGAAGUUACGAGGGAAAGAAGAAAAAUAUUUACUUCACGUCACCGGCAAUCCGUGAUUUGGUGAUAUGUAAUGAGAACAAAGUCAAGUUGAUAAACACUGGCGUUAAAACAUUCGUGCGAUGUGACAAUAAAGGUUUAAAAUUUCGACUUGCUCAAGAAGGAGUACAAAGUAUCGCUCAUUACAUAAGUGAUAGGAGAAAACUUCACGUUUCAAAAGAAGAUUUAAUCAUGCUUUUACAAAAUAACGAUCCACACACACCACCUGAAAUUGUAAAAUUGAAUUUAGACACUCAGGAGCGUCUCAAGGAUUUCGCGACCGGAAGUUGUAUAUUGUUAUACAAAGAAGAGAAAACUGACAGUCUGAAUCCGCUAAAUCUGAAAAUGGUAGGAUGGAGGGGAAUUAUGUCUCUUAGAGCAUAUGUAUCUACUUGUGAUGCGGUUCACUAUUUACGACUUUUAGGAGCGGAUUGCUCGAAAUUUGAGAAAAAUAAGUUCGAAGAAAGUCGCGCGGCUCUGUCAACUGAAGAUAUCAACAACGGUAAAAUUGAACCCGAAGAUUCUAUCAGCAAAAAGACCGCUCUCCCGGAGAAUGGCGAUGGCACAGAGAAGAUUAAUGACGCAGAGGUCGAGACGAAUAAAUGACUUAUUACAGCGUAAUUAUGAUUUAACAAGUUUUCUAAUGUUU